GUGCGGCGGCGGCGGUGAAUUUUGGUUGCGUUUUUUAAAACAAUUAUUGCUGAUAAAGUGGACCGGUUCAUAAAAAUAAAUUCAUAAAAAUUAUUCAAGAGGAAUAAGCACCCGCCGAAGAACAGCAAAGAUGUCGUUUUUACUAAAGGCAGCCGUCACAGCCCGCAAUAUCGUUUAUAAGGUGCCAGUCCGCCACCUGAAUCUCCUCGAGUUCCAGAGCAAGGAUCUCCUCCAGAAAUAUGGAGUGGCCAUUCAGCAGUUCAAGGUCUUGGAUAACUCCAAAGCCGAUGCCGAGGUGGUCAAGACAUUUGAGUACCCGGAAUAUGUGGUGAAGGCGCAGAUAUUGGCCGGUGGGCGUGGCAAAGGUACUUUCGAUAAUGGAUUUAAGGGCGGUGUGCAUAUCACUUCAAACAAGAGCGAGGUGCUUUCGCUCAGCCAGAAGAUGAUAGGAAACCGACUGAUAACCAAACAAACGCCCAAGUCUGGAAUUAUGGUCAAUAAGGUCAUGGUGGCCCGCAGUGUCAACAUUACCCGGGAGACAUAUCUCUGCAUCUUGCUGGAUCGUGAGCACAAUGGCCCCGUGUUGAUUGCCUCGCCGGCGGGCGGUGUGGAUAUUGAAGCUGUCGCCGAGGAGACCCCAGAGAAAAUUAAGACUGUUCCCUUGGACAUUGACCAGCCCAUACCAGAGGCAACACUGGUAGAGGUGGCCAAGUUCCUGGAGUUUAAGGGAGAUGCUGUGAAGCGGUGUGCCGCAGAAAUUCAAAAACUCUACACUCUCUUUAAGGCUGUCGAUGCCGUACAGAUUGAGAUUAAUCCCCUGGCAGAGACGGAUAAGGGAGAGGUGAUCUCUGUUGAUGCCAAGCUCAACUUUGAUGACAACGCUGAGUUCCGUCAGAAGGAUAUCUUCUCCAUGGAUAUCACCGAAGAGGAGUCUGAUCCCCGUGAAGUAGAGGCGGCCAAAUACAAUCUAAACUACGUUGCGAUGGAUGGUAACAUUGGAUGUUUGGUUAAUGGCGCUGGACUGGCCAUGGCCACCAUGGACAUCAUCAAGCUGAAUGGCGGUGAACCGGCCAAUUUCUUGGAUGUCGGUGGCGGUGUUAAAGAGGAUCAGGUGGCCAAGGCAUUUGAAAUCCUAACCGCCGAUCCGAAAGUCAAGGGAAUCCUGGUCAAUGUUUUCGGUGGCAUUGUCAACUGUGCCACCAUUGCCAAUGGCAUUGUGGCGGCUUCCAAGAAACUGCAACUCAAUGUACCAUUGGUUGUCCGAUUGGAGGGCACCAAUGUGAACCAGGCCCGCGAAAUCCUUAAGAAUUCCGGUUUGCCCAUCCAGACGGCCAGUGAUUUGGAUGAUGCUGCCCACAAGGCAGUGGCUGCUCUUAAAUAGAGUGGAGUUUUAAUAAUUUAAGGAAGGAUUUUCUAUUAUUUAGGAGAAAAUGUCUUCCAUAAAAAUAUCACGACGCACAUUAGCAUUUAAAACGGACAGGCCUUUUAUAUAUAAGUUUUAUCGACAAUAUAUCCGGAAUAUGUUAUUUUUAACAUAA